GUUUGAAUCAGAAGGCAUUUCUGCCAUUCCUAGUCUAUAACAUAAAAGCAGCCACUAGGUGGCAGUUGACAUCCGGGACGCCAGUAGUCCAGUUGCUGUCAGUAGCAGAAUAGUGUGUACAGUGCGGGCAGGAUCAGAGCAGAGCUCGGGGCUGUCACUACUGAAGCACAGGGGAGGGAGCAGCCUGCACUCUGCUACACUGCGCUCCGCUACGGUUACAGCUGGCGACAUGCAGGCGGAAUCGGGGAUUGUAGCGGACUAUGAGGUUGGAGAAGACUUCCAAGAAGAACCCAAGACAUACUACGAGCUGAAGAGUCAGCCUCUGAAUUACAGCUCAGCAGAGCAUCCAGGAGCGUCCAAGCCUCCACUAAGCUCCUCCAAUAUGACAUCAAGGAUUCUGCUACGCCAGCAGCUCAUGCGUGAGCAGAUGCAGGAGCAAGAACGGCGUGAACAGCAACAGAAGCAGCAGGCAGCUCAGUUCAUGCAGCAGAGAGUAGCAGCCAGUCACACACCAGCCAUUAACGUCAGCGUGUCCACCAGCCUGCCAACUGCUGCCCAGGUACCAAUGGAAGUUCUCAAGGACAUUGAAACAGGGCUGACUUAUGUUUCAGAUAUAGCUAUAGACAACCUGUAUGUGCAGACUCACCUUGAAAACCCCACAAAAUACCACAUCCAGCAAGCACAGAAGCAACAGGUACAGCAAUACUUAACAACAGCCAAACAUCCCAGCAAAGCACUAAGCCUCCCCUGUCCGAACCAACCUGGGGACCACAUUAUGCCGCCCGGUCCAGGGAACAGCGCACCAAACAGCCCCAUGGCUAUGCUGACCCUAAGCACAACCUGCGAGAAGGAGAUGGAUGACGUAAUUGAUGACAUCAUAAGUCUGGAAUCUAGUUAUAAUGAAGAACUUCUUAUGAUGGAUCCUGCAAUGCAAAUGGCAAACACGGUAAGACAAGCUGGAUCAUACCUCCCCCAUUUGCCAGUGUCGGCAGGUUUGAUUGACAUUUAUGGAAAUCAAGGUACGCCAGCUCCAGGGUUAAACAUCAGUAAUUCAUGCCCUGCUAAUCUUCCCAAUAUCAAAAGGGAGCUUACAGAAUCGGAGGCCAGAGCACUCGCCAAGGAGAGGCAAAAGAAAGACAAUCAUAAUCUCAUUGAGCGAAGGAGAAGGUUUAACAUCAAUGAUCGUAUAAAAGAAUUAGGAACCCUCAUCCCCAAAUCGAAUGACCCAAUACACCAUUCACCUGUCCUCAGCCGACCAGUCUGUCCUGCUACUAUUGGCGGAGAACUUGUUAUCCUGUGUUCUAGGGACAUGCGGUGGAACAAGGGAACGAUCCUAAAAGCCUCAGUGGAUUAUAUCCGCAAGCUACAACGAGAACAACUACGUUCCAAGGAGCUGGAGAAUAAACAAAAGAAGCUAGAACAUGCAAACAGACACCUACUACUGAGAAUACAGGAACUGGAAAUGCAAGCGAGAGCCCAUGGACUUUCUAUCAUGCCCACUACCGGCCUUUGCUCUUCUGACCUGGUGAGUCGUGUCAUAAAGCAGGAACCAAUGUUGGACAGCUGCAACCAAGAAUUAUUGCAAAACCACCACGAUCUUUCUGGCACCUCCACUCUGGAUCUCAAUGAUGGCACCAUCACUUUUAGCAACAACAUAAGGAACAUUACUGACUCUCCCACUGCCUACAGCAUGCCCACAAAGAUGGGCUCUAAACUGGAAGACAUAUUCAUGGACGAUACUCUUUCUCCAAGAGUACAUGAUGCACUUCACUCAGUAUCUCCUGGUACCUCCAAAGGAAACAGCAGGAGGAGCAGCAUCAGUAUGGAAGACAACGACCAACACUGUUAGCAUUGGGUGGAAAAACCCUUCUUACAGACUUCCAUAUCUUGUAAAAUUUUGGAGCAGUAGAUUGCUAGAUAGUACAAUUUGAUAGAAACUUUGCGGUAUUUCAUCCAUAGGCCAGCACUUAUGCUUUGUUUUUAUUUUUAGAAUUUUUGUAAAGAUACUUGUGUAUUUUAUUACUUGCUUUGCCUCCGAGUUAUUGUGCAUGAGAGGUCUAGUUCUAUCGACUUCAAGGACAUAACCGAUUGUCAGGUCAGAUCUGUUUCAACCAAUAGCCCUGUAUCAGUGGCCAGGUAUCUGUCUGAUUGGAAUGGACUUGCAAUGAACCAUAUGUCAAUAUAAGCAUUGAAAUGAAUGUAUAGAAACCAAAUAUCUCUAUGCCAGAGAGAAGUUUGCAUAGUCUUGACUAUAGUCAGUGGCAUAUGUAGAGAGUGGGGUUCCAUAUCAAAAGUAAAAAAUGCACUUCCAUUAUGGUGCCAGACCUUAGAUAGAAGGCCUUGGUAGUUAUUUUCCCCUUUCACACCUUUUCCAUGACCCUUGGGAAAAUUGUCAUCCUCCUUGUUUCGGUGUGGAGCAGGAAGUUCUCUACAAGUUGUUGCCAAACAGUAGCAAUGGGGAUGACACUAACCAGGUCUGGGCCCUUGUCUCACCAAGACCUUAUAUUUCAGUACGUAUGCUCUUGACUGUAGUAGGUUCUUGGCAUGCUGUUUCUAUUGCCAAUGAUCAGCAAAUAUAUAACAGAAUGUGAUAAGGCAUUUCAAGCAGUAUUUGUUAUAAUUUUUUGCAUUUUUUGACCAAUAAUAUGAUCCUAGGUUUUCAGUGAAACAUUGAGGUACCCCAGUUAAUUUAUGAGGGAUUUGCCAUAUCAAAAGUGUAAUUCCCUGAAUUUGCUUCAGACGUGAGACAAAUCAUCAGGUCUUAUUCACGUCUGAAUCUCUAAUUUCGGAAACUCAAAAAUCUAAUUCAGAAUAAGGGGAUAACUGUCAAAUGACAGUAAAAAAAAUGACUAAAUAAAGGGACACUCCAGGCAAAUCUGAUAAACUGUGUAAUGAUCUUAACCAGUAGUGCACUGUCUGUGGACUAUGACAAAGGGAUUGCUUUUUUGUCAUGCACUGCCCCUUUAGGCCCUGAAUAAAGCAAAAGUAUCAUAUUGUCUGAAGUGUUUCUUUUUGGUGUCUGUUUACUUUAAGUUGCACAUAUUUUAGCAGUUGCAAUUUUGUGAUGCUUGACAUGGCAAAAUUUCACGCUUUACUGUAAAAUUAUUUUUACCAGUAGUCUAGAAAUUCUGAUAAUCUGGCACUUAUCUCUUACAUAGUACCACUUCGUAAUCCAGAAACUCUUCUAAUGGUACAGAAAGUUUGAUACUCCUGUUAGGUCUUGUUGAUGAUUACAGUGAAUCCUCUCCAAUCCACCCCCUUAUCCAUGGCAGAUUUUGUGUGACAGAAUUUUGGUCCACCACACAUUAUGAAUAGUCUUCAAUUUCUUUGAAAAGUUGGAAGUUUAAAAGUUAGGACUCCCUACCAAUCACCAGAGAGGUUCCUAUCCUUAUCUGUAGUCAUCAUUCUCCAUUGUAAUGAAUAUGAUUUACAGAAGCCUCCUUUAAAUUUAAUAGUAUAUAUGCACAGCAGGUCAUGACUUCAAAGUGUCCACUAUAGAUUGUGGAAGGCCCAUGAGCCCUUGUUGGUUGGUCUUGGAAAUGAUGUACCUUAAGAUCUUUACUGUAGGAGAUGUUGUAUAUUUAGGUGUUAAAUAUGAGCCUACACCAAUCCAGAAUAUAGAACCUCCUUUACUUUUAGAGAUCCUUCCUUCCCUUUUAGAAAUGACUUAUUCCAAUUUUGGAACUUAUUAAUAUAUAAUAGACAAAUAAUCUUUCCUUUAUGGACUAUGGUUCCAUAGUGUUGUAUUAUAAAUAUGGUAUAAUCUGUAAUGGUAGGAGAUGCAAUUAGCAUACUGGGUUAAAGUAGUCAAUACUAUAAGGGCCCAUUCACACCAUAGAAUAUCUGCCCAGAGACAUUUCUGUUGAACAUUCUGUGUGCAGCAGACGCCUGCCAAAAUCAAUACUGUGUGGACAUGCCCAAUGAAGAAUUAACAUGUUUGUUCUUUCCGGAAUAUGAAUUUAUUCAGUGGAAAUUCUGUAGUGGUCACGGUGCACUGCAAUCCUAAUGAAAACAAUGGUACACUGUAAUUUUCAGAUGGGCCCUUAGAGUACUGUUACUAACGCAUGAUACUGCCCAGUAUGCUUUUCAUGUCUCCUGACAUAACUCCAAGUUCUCUACUUUCUGCUGUUACUUCCUCAGACUGCCCAUGGUCUAAUUAUGUAUAGCAAUAAAGGUUCUUCUGGGUCUUUCAGCACUCAACAAGUCUGUUCAAAAAAGCCCUCCCUAUACCGGAAUGGAAUUAGUGUUCAUGUUUGAUUAUUUCACUGGAGAAAAUAAAAUAUUCACCCAUUUUUUUCAUAGUUCAGAAAAAUUGGGACCAUGAGGCUUUGCAGCAGGGCAUUAUGUUAAUGCAUCAUGCACCUACUAGCGUGUGGAGAUGAUCCAUUUUGGAUAGAAAAUAUGCAAUUACCAUUACUUUUGUGAGAAAAAAACUGCACUUGGCUGUCCCUUUCUUCUCAAGUACAUUGUUACAUUUUCCACAGAUGGUUUGCUGCAAUGUACUCUUCUAAAAUAGCUGCCUUUACUGUGAAGUUGCCAAACUUUAUAACAUUAAAAGAGUAGUCUAGGAUUAGAAAAAAUAUUACAGCUUUCUUCCAAAAAAUAUGCCACUCCGUCUACAAGUUAGACAAAUGACAAAUAGCACCGCUACUUUUACUUACUUAAGACAUUGUCACAUAUAUGCACCGUUCCAGCUGAUGCCUCAACUGCUGGCCACAACUGAUGCCUCAACUAAUGGCAAAGUGCAUCCGUUGUUUAUGGGUCCAGUGCCCAGUUAUUUCUGAAGGCCAGAUGGGGAAAUGCUGCAAGAUGCACCUAUUCUUCCGAAGUGUCUGGUGAUCUAGUGUACCGUUUGAGGCACCAGAUAAAUCUGAACACUCCCAUUCAUAUGAAUGGGAUCAGUUUGAUCCUCAAUUUACCUCUGACGCUUUUUGACAGUGCCAGAGGGAAAUUGAGCUGGAUCGCCGCUUUUAUGUGAUGGCGCCCUUACUUAAAUCUGCUGUAUUAGCAUGACAUUACAGAGUUUCAGAAUUAUGUUUGUGGGUAGAUAGAAAAAAAAAUGUACUGCCACUCCUGUCCAUGGGCUGUCUCUUUUUUUCCAUUCCUAAACAACUCAUCUAAUUGAAUGUUCCAAUAUGGAAGCCACUUGGGUAAAGGAGAGGUUUAUCUCAGGUCAAUAUAGUAAUUAAUGUUACUAGUAUGUGAUGUGGCAAUGAAGGUAACCUUUAAGAUCGCCAACAGUUAAAUUUUUUUUAAUUUUUAAGAUUAUUCUGGGGUAAUAGAGCAGACACCCAUGAUCCUAAUACAAUUGCCUUUGUUAGCCCAAGUGAGGACGAAUAGAGUGGACAUUACUUUGAGAAGCUCCCAGGAUGAAAACUUGGUUUGUCUUUUCACCCAGUGUCAGAGAACAAAAAAUGGCUUAAAAAUGACUCAGUUGAGAAACUGAAAUGUUGCUCUUCUCUGACACUGGGUGGAAGAAAGACAAACAUGUUUUUUAAUCCUGGAGUGCUGUUGCUUUGUUUUUUGGGUUGUGUGCUCCAUAGAUGGUGGUAUUGGUUCAGAUGUCUGUAAGCUCUACAACCAUGUUUGGAUUUUGGAGGAAGUAAUGCAUGCAUUGAUGCCUGUGGACAGUACAUUGGUUUUAGCCGAGUCUAGUGCACUAAAGAAAAAAAAGGAAAAAAUUAAGGCAAAAUCAGAGUGGUUGCUAAAUAAAGUUAUAGGGCCUCAUUUACUAAGAUUGUCGGGUUUUUACUAGUUGGAAAAGUUGUUUCAGACAUGCAGGAUUCCUCUCUAUUUACUAUUGGGAAAAGUCGGGAACAUUUUCUGACCAACUUUUUCUAGGUCGAUAUUUCCAGCCAUUUACCCACAGGAUUUUCUGUGAAUUCCAUAGUAAUUCAGUCGGGUUGUGAAACCACGCCCCCGUUUGACCGACCACGCCCCUUUUUGUGACAGACCACACCCCCUUUGGGGUUUGUCGGAUUUUUCAGGCGCACACUGUCGCACACUGGCGCAUACUGGCGCAGACAUGUCUCAGACAUGUCUCAGGCAAAAUAACCAGACAAAAACUGGUCUGUUUCAGUUUAGUAAAUGAGGCCCAUAAUUUGAAUGAACUAUUAGGGUAGGGUCACACGUAGCAUAUACGCUGCGUAAGUUAUGCUCUAUAUUUCAGAUCUGGCAAAGUUUAUGGGUGUUUAUUAUUACUGUCAUAGACUUUGCCAGCACAGGAUUACGCAGCGUCAAAUACACAGCAUCAUUUACGCAGCGUAUACGCUAGGUGGGACCCUACCCUUAGUCUACUUUUCAUUCCUUUAAUGAUCCACACCCUGUACUAGUGAUGGGCACGUGUUUGCCAAAAAUGGGUCAGCUACUUUAAGUAUUGUUUUAUGCUUGAAGCAUACAGUGAACAUCCAACCAGGCUAAGAGGCUUGAAUACUUAAAAAAAAAAAUAUCCUAACAAUUCUACAAAUGCCUGCAGGUUACCUCUAUAAGAUGUCCUUAAAUUUUAGAUCACUACAGUUCAAAUAAAAGGGUUUAUAAAUUUUCUAGUGGUUG